AUGGUCAUCCACGAGAGUAAUGUCAGCAGACAGAGCGAGGUAAUGGUCGUCUCAUCUGACUCGGGUCCUCCUCGGCUGGACCUGGCUCUCACCAGAGGUCGCAGAGGAACUUUCAGCAGUUUCAGCAGCGAUGGAGAUCGUGGUGGGUUAUUCCCUCGCACGUCAAGAUCAUCCAACGACCUCUUUGCGCAAGCUCUCAGUAGGAUAGAUACCGCGGACACCGACUCAGAAUGGGGCGCGGUCCGCGCUCGUGCCAGGGAGAACAACGAUAGAGAAGGUAUGGCGGACCUCAUCGACUUCCUCAGGACGACUGCACCGCCGCCUGAGUUCCCCGAGCGGUCUGUUUUCGACGACGAUACCGAGCCCCAGGAGGAAGAGCCAGACAGAUGGAGGCUGUUCAAGAAGCUGCGCCGCCCGCGCGUCCGCACUAGAUCUGAGUCGCCUAACCGCCGACCUCGAACUGCCGGGCUUCCCAACUCUGCCGUUGCGUCCAAGACCGCCAGCGGGAACUCACAUAUCGCAAUUUCGAUCCCGCUGGAGUACUGUCACGUAGGACCAGAUUCAGAUUGGGCACUAGCCGUCUUCAAUGCCACGCCGCCGCUUCCCCCUAACCUUCCCCCCCGAGGGGAAGUUGAUGAGAACAACGGCCAUCCUAGGCCUUAUGCUACGGAACGCACCGUCACUGUUUUAAAGGCAGUCAGCGAGAGAGGCUCCAUUUCGACUCUGAACACCAUCAACACCAUGAGCACGAAAUCGCAGCGAACUUCCAAAGGGACCAAAGGGUCAGUAUCGAUUUGGCCCAAAAUCAAUCCCCGUCCGCCAAGUCCACCCAAGACACCGUAUUCGACACCACCCGGAAGCUUAAGGGGGAAACCAUCGAGCGUUUCUAGAAGGAGACGAGAUAGAUUACCUCUCCCGCCACCGCAAUACGCAGAGCUUCCGGCUUCACCGGUCAUCAUGCCUCAAAGCCCCGACGACACGCUUGAAAAGAAUUGUUGGCUUGAGUCUCAGACAGACCUGAUUGCCCCGCCACGUAUCCCAAAUCAACAUAAACCGAAAGUCAAGCAGUCCUCAAAACGACCGGAUAAUAUUACACUCCCACUUCGAAGAUCCAGUGUCAAGAUCGUAAGGCCGAAAACAGAGACUUCAUCAAACCAACAAAGGUCCAUCGACGGCAUGAUUGGAGGUGCUACGAAGCGUCGAAGCGCGACCUCUGAUACUCCUCAGCUCAGCCCAGGCUUCUCGGAAGCGCCAUCCAUCACCCCGAGCAUUUCAACGACAGAGCUAUCAGAACUGGUCAUCUCAAGUGCCCGGUCCGCAAAAGCUUACUCAACCGCAUCGAUUGUUCUUCAGGACACAGAUUCAAUACCGCCAAGGCAGAACUUUGCCGCUAGACCCGGUAGCAGUGAUACGGCUCAAACCACGCUGGUGAACGAGUCCCUUGCUUCACGUAACCCUUCCACAAGGACUGCUGCCUCGCGAAAAAGUCGCAAAGACCACGUCAAGUCCCUCAAGCAGCGGGACAUGGAGGCCUUGAGGGCUCUGACAAAACAGAUGCAGCAACAGGAGGAUGGUGAGAUUACUCCGAGGCCACGGACGUGUGAGACGGAUAUGAGCUCGCUUCGUCUACCUUCUCGUGACGGCACCUUUGGGGCUACAGAUAACAUCCAUGCCUUUGGCAUUGACACCAAACUCUCUGUGUCUAAUUUAGCCAACAUGACCAAGUCCCAAGAGACUAAUUCAAGCCACGGCUCCAACAGAACCUCGACCAAAAUCUCAAACUGGCAAGCCAAACAAGAAGUUGAGACACCAGGCUGGGAGACCGCGCGAGAAGAGUUAACGCCCGGAUGGGAGACUGCACAGGAGGGCUCACCAUCUUCGGACUGGUCAAAUACUAACCUUCUCAAUGAAACCAUGGCUGCCGCCGAUUCCGCUGCAAGCAUGUUUGACAAGAACCUGGCCAGGGACAGCACCGCCAGCUCCGAGCCUCCCCGCCGGUGGUUAAGUUAUCACCGUACUAGCUGGGCAAGCUCAGUCCCGCUGUUGGACAGGAUAGGCAGUUUUGCACUGUCAGAUGAGAGCUUGACGCAGAUCGGACAGGCGAUUGGCAGUUACUCAUCGACCUCGCUUCCAACCAGGCUGUCGCGGGCCGACUCUGCCACGCUUUCUCAAGUCGACUCAGACCGUCUGACUUCACCCCGUUCAAGCUUAAUCGACCCGGACAUCCAACUCGGUGGAGCCCCAAUUGACUUCACGGACCGGUCCAUCGCCGGCAGCAUCGCGGCGUUUCCUAAACCUGGCUCUGGGCCGAGGUUGAGUGCCAUUAUGCCCGUUGCAGAGGUUGUGCCAAGCGGCCCCUUUGAAGAGAGGUGGUCGGCCUCGACUCUCAACUCACCAAUGACGGUACUUGAAGUGUCACACCCGCCGUUCGCGAGAAACCAGAUAUCUGAACAACCCUCAGCUUUGCUCAAUCGGCAGCACCCAGCCGGUAACACGAACUCACAACUCAUGCACACCUCACGGGGCGAUGGUGAGGAAACCGCCCUGCAGAGACAGGACUCUUCGACAGACGAUGGUGACACGGAUGAGACGGCAACUCUACGGCCUAGAAGCAGGUCGCGCGAGGAUGACCCUCUCGGUCUCCUUUCCAUGUCCUCCCGUGAGUUGCGGAACCACUACGCGAUGCUCCGCAGCGCAAGAGUCAACAACCUCGCGCACGAGAUGCUCCUCAAUCAGGAGCGCCUCGAGCUGCGCAUGCAUCAACAGGAAAGGAACCAGAUGGCCUUCAUCGACCGCCUUGAACGCUGCAUGAACGAACUUCGAAGUCUCCCAGCCUCUCCUUUCCUGGCCCAUCGCCCUGCUGACUGGCCUUUGGACGAAGGCGACUUUAUAUACGAAGAGCAGCGCUUCAGCAGCGACGCCCGGCAUGAGGUGCGGGUGCGCAGAACAGGCCGCCUGCAAAACAGACCACAACACCAACAACACCAGUCAGAGCCCUCCCAACGGCCUCGCCGCCGGAUUGUGGACGGUGAAGACGUCUUUGUAGACUUUGAUGGCGACUACUACGAGCGCGACCAGAACAGGUCGCAACGCCCGUCGUCCUCACACGAUACCCCGCGAUCACGCAGGAUAGGUACAGGACGACCCCAGCACCACGUCUCCAACCUCCCGUCUCUCGUCCCACACGGCGGGCUGGAUGCCAUGGAGCCACUGAUAAGGGAGCUGCAGCUCGCGGCGCGGCUUAGCCAGGAGCUAAACCGGACGGAGAGGAUCCAGACGCCGCAGCCCGGUGGUCCGAACGAUUAUGCCUACAACAUGAUUUAG